UGACGAAUAAAAUGGAGGCCUUGCUCCUAACUACCAGUUGCCUGGUUUCAAGCUUUUAAAACAAAUCUAACUCAAAAUCAGACCACUUGGCUCACUAGCUGUACCCCAAUACUCAAAGGCGAUGUCUCAUCUUACGUGGGGACCAGCAGCUCUGCAAAGCCCAGGAGGCCCAGCGUGUAGAGCGGGCUGUGCUGCUGGAAGCCGUCCAGGGCCUGGAGAUUGAGUUGUCUGUGUGCCAGCAGAGACAGAAGGACCUGCAGGACACUUUCUCCACAGCCCAGAGCCACUGGAGGGCCCAAGAGGAGCGGCUGCACCAUGAAGUGUCCUCCCUUACCUGUUUGUUGGGAGACCACAGGCAGAUGACCGACAGUUUGAUUGAGACAGUCAAAACCGAGCAGAAGAAAGCAGCCGAUCAGUUUGCAGAGCGGAGCACGGAAAAGCCGGGCAAACAAGAUGAGAUGGUUGCUGAUGCUGCUGAAGGCAUGGGCUACAAUCAGAGCAGGCCCCGGCUGCAGCGCACCAUGAAGCUCCACUCCGACCUGCACCAGGCCUUAGAGGGCCUCCAGCUGCAGACAACAGCAUCACCCUCCCCAUUAUUAGACCCCAUGAGCUCCUACCAGGCCUCCGUCCAGCAGCUUCAGGAGGAGCUUCAGAGAGAGAAGAACCAAGUAUCGAGGCUGGUGGAGCGUCUGGAGAGGGCCGAGCAGAAGUCAGAGGAGCUGAGGCAGCAGCAGGAGCAAGACGCCAAGGAAAGCUGGAACACUGUCCACCAAGAGAUGGAGACCAACCAGGAGAUGGGCGGCAUGGUGGAGCGGAUGAGGGGGAAGGUGCAGGAGUUUAGCACCAUACUGCGACGCAAGAUAAGCUGGGGUGGAUGGGCUGGGAUGAAGGAUGAGGAGGAGGAAGAAGAGGAGAGGAAGCCUGCAAACGCCCUUAACUCAGAGUGCUUAAACCAGUGUCAGGCAAUGCACCCAGAUCCACAAAUGCUAAAACAGGCCCAAAGGAACCCAGAACUAGAACCAGAGAAGGGAGCCCAGGACCAGCACUCCUACCUAGAGACGUUGCUGUGGAGGUGGCAGAAGACACUGGGGGGACAGAGGGACAUUGUGAAGAGGCUGAAGGCCGACAUGAAGAGGGAGACAGAGAGCAUGCAGGUGAUGGCCGCCGGCCUCUUGAACAACAGACAGCACAGCCUGGACACAUGCCAAGUUCAAGCCCUUGAAGAGCACCUGGAGAUCUGGAGGCGGAGGCAGAGAGAGAUGAAAAUGCAGCUAUCUGAGAUGCAGGCCCAGUUUGACGUGGAGCGGAACCACUCUGCCGGGUUUCUGAAAGAGAAUGACAAGCUGAGUAGACUGCUUUGCACGGUGGAGUCCUCGGUGGCUAACCUGCAGCCCCUGCUCACCUACCACCAGGUCCUAGUAGAGGACGCCAUGAAGGACAACUCUAUCCAACAUGGCCGCCACAGGAGCAAGAUGUAAAAAAAUAACUCUCAAAGACUGAUGAAUAAAAGUUGACAAUAUAAUUUGCUUUUGUGUUUGCUUACUGUUUCGAUUGGCCUCUAAAAGAUAAUGUAUGAUGUAAUUAAAACUCUUUCAUAUAAAUUUCUGCCCUUCAUAUGUACCUAAGUCAACAUAAAUGGAUUGUUCUUUAUCUUUACAAUAAGAGCUAUAAUUAUCUACUAGACAAUACUGAGCACCUACGUUGUCUGGGAUUCAAAUGUCCCUUUAUUUUGAAGGUAACCACAGAUACAGCAGACAGCUGCCGCUCCUACUUACAGAUGUUACUCUCUAAUUACCAUUUGAUCAGAACAAUAGGGCAUAACUUCUGAAGUUAAUUGAGAAGCAUUAUAAAACAUUUGUAUA